AUGGAAGUAUGGAAUCAUUUAUAUCUGAAAGAGUUUACACGUGGUUAUAAGAUUUGGUAUCUUCAUGGAGAAAGAUUUGAGUAUGGUAGUAGUAGCGAACCUCAAACUGUCGAUAGGUUAUAUGAACCUAGCACGGAUGCAGAUUUUGGGAUAGGAACUGUUCAGAUGGUAUAUGAUGCAUAUAGAGAAAAUUUACUGUCGGGUGAAGAGGAAGGAGAUAGACGAGAACAACCCAGUUUAGAAAAUUUCUCGGGUGAAGAGGAAGGAGAUAGACGAGAACAACCCAAUCUAGAAGCCAUGAGAUUUUUUGAAAUGUUAGAUGCAGCUAAGCAGCCAUUGUAUCAAGGAUGUAAAGAUGGGCAUUCACCUUUAUCAUCCGCAAGUCGAUUGAUGGCGCUAAAGACUGACUAUAAUUUGGCUGAAGAAUGUGUGGAUGCGAUUGCAGAUUUUGUUAGAGAUGUUCUACCUGAAGAUAAUCUUGCACCUGGUUCAUAUUAUGAGGUACAAAAAUUGGUCGCUGGUUUUGGCUUACCAUAUCAGGUGAUAGAUAUAUGCAUCAAUAACUGCAUGAUUUACUGGAGAGCAGAUGAGAAUCGGGAGAAUUGUAAAUUCUGUCGGAAACCUCGUUAUCAGGAUACGAAUGGAAGAGUUUCGGUGCCAUACAAACGAAUGUGGUAUUUGCCGUUGACUGAAAGAUUAAAGAGGUUAUAUCAGUCAGAACGAACAGCAGAACCAAUGAGAUGGCAUGCAGAGCACUUAACAAUUGGUGAGAUAACACAUCCUUCCGAUGCAGAGGCGUGGAAGCAUUUUCAAUCAACAUAUCCAGAAUUUGCAUCUGAGGGAUAA